UCCGUUUCGUCCCGUGCGUUUAGUUCCUACGCCGGGUACAAAUCCCUGACCAGGUCACGGGCUCCCUCGGCUGGCUAUAGCUGGUUCCGAGCUCUCGUCGACAUUGGUUUCAAGUUGAAACACUUGGACACUUCCGGUGAGGCGCACCCCCAUCGCCGUCGUCUAUGUCGACGGCGGCGGUAGGAUCAUCAACGACGACUGGUGGCGACAUGCCCGCCGCCGACGCGGUUAUCUUGCCCGACGCUUCUGCCACUGCUGCUCCAGCGACCACGUUGGCCGCUGACGAGCAUAUAUGUCUCGACGUUCCUUGGGUAAGACUACUUCAGGCUGCAUCUAUACUGCGGACGCGGCGUGCGAGGAGGACGGCGAGGGCGACGAGGAGGCGGAGCAGAGGAGGAACCGGCGGCGGCUCCUCAACGGAAGCCUCCGGCAGUCCAACGUCACCUCCCAGGUCGCGCUCGUCGGCACCGACGUCUGCCGCAUCGAGAGCCUCGACUACGAGUUGAUCGAGAACGACGUGUUCAAGCAGGACUGGAGGGCGCGGGAUCGGGCCCACAUCCUGCGCUACUUCGCGCUCAAGUGGGCCCUGUGCUUCCUCGUCGGGGCCCUCACCGCCGCCGCCGCCUUCGUCGCCAACCUUGGCGUCGAGAACGUCGCCGGCGCCAAGUUCGUCGUCACCUCCAACCUCAUGCUCGCCCGCAGGUUCGAGUCAGCGUUUACGGUGUUUCUAGUGUCAAAUUUUGUGCUCACGAUGUUCGCGACGGUGCUGACGGUGUACGUGUCGCCGGCCGCGGCCGGGUCCGGCAUCCCAGAGGUGAAGGCCUACUUGAACGGCGUCGAUGCUCCCAACAUUUUCUCUCUCAAGACUCUGGUGGUGAAGGUUGUGGGAUGCAUUGCUGCGGUAUCAGCAUCAUUGCAUGUGGGAAAAGCUGGUCCUCUGGUACACACAGGCGCAUGCAUUGCAUCAAUACUUGGGCAAGGUGGAUCACAUAAAUAUCACAUGACAUGUAAGUGGCUAAGGUACUUCAAGAAUGAUAGGGAUCGGAGGGACCUUGUGACUUGUGGUUCUGGUGCCGGUAUUGCUGGUGCUUUCCGUGCUCCAGUCGCUGGAGUCCUUUUUGCUCUGGAAACAGUGUCUUCACGGUGGAGGAGUGCCCUACUCUGGCGAGCUUUUUUCACAACAGCAAUGGUUGCUGUUGUGCUUAGGGCAUUAAUAGACAUCUGUAAAACUGGCCGGUGUGGCUUGUUUGGGAAAGGCGGACUUAUAAUGUUUGAUGUGACAUCAGGUUACAUCAACUAUCAUGUGGUUGAUUUACCUCCGGUAAUCACUCUAGGUGUUCUUGGCGGAGUUCUGGGGAGCUUGUACAACUUCUUCCUUGACAGGGUUCUUCGCUUCUACAAUCUUAUCAACGAGAAAGGGCAAACCUACAAAUUACUCCUGGCUGCAACCGUUACCAUCUGUACGUCAUGUUGCCUCUUUGGCUUGCCCUGGCUUGCUACUUGCAAACCUUGUCCAACUGGUGGAGAAGAAGCUUGUCCAUCGAUAGGGAGAUCUGGAAAUUUCAAGAAGUUCCAGUGUGCAAUGAAUGAAUACAAUGACUUGGCUAGCCUGUUCUUCAACACCAAUGAUGAUACCAUUCGAAACCUCUACAGUGCUGGCACCGAUCAUGAGUUUCAUCUCUCGUCAAUCAUCUUGUUCUUUAUGGCAUCAUAUUUUCUGGGAAUUUUCAGUUAUGGUCUUGCCUUACCAUCUGGCCUUUUUGUACCACUUAUUUUAACUGGUGCAGCUUACGGUCGUUUGGUUGGCAUGUUGAUUGGGUCACAAUCAACAUUAGAUCAUGGCCUUUUUGCGGUUCUUGGCUCUGCUGCCCUUCUAGGUGGAUCAAUGAGAAUGACUGUUUCAGUUUGUGUUGUCAUCCUAGAACUGACAAAUAAUCUGCUCAUGCUUCCUCUGGUUAUGCUGGUCCUUAUCAUAUCAAAGACAGUGGCAGACGCUUUUAAUGCAAAUGUCUAUGAUUUGCUUGUUAACUUGAAAGGUUUCCCUUUUCUUGAAGGGCAUGCUGAGCCCUACAUGAGGCAACUGUCAGUUAGUGAUGUUGUAACUGGCCCUCUACAGACAUUCAAUGGCUUAGAGAAGGUUGGCCGUAUUGUGGAUGUCUUGAAGACAACGGGUCAUAAUGGUUUCCCUGUGGUCGACGAGCCACCAUUUUCAGAUAUUCCUCUGUUAUAUGGUCUAGUUCUUCGGGCUCACCUGCUUGUUUUGUUGAGAAAGAAAGAUUUCAUCAGUAGCUGCACAGCCUCAGCAUUAGAUGCUUCAAAGCAUUUCUCACCUGAUGAUUUUGCUAAACGUGGUUCAGGAAAGCAUGACAGAAUCGAGGACAUUGAAUUAACUGCAGAUGAAAUGGAAAUGUUUGUAGACUUGCAUCCAUUCACAAACACAUCUCCUUACACUGUGGUUGAGACUAUGUCUUUGGCCAAGGCUCUUAUACUUUUUCGUGAAGUUGGAUUGAGACACCUUUUGGUUCUUCCUAAAUCUUCCAAGAGAGCACCUGUUGUUGGCAUAUUGACACGGCAUGAUUUCAUGCCCGAGCACGUGUUAGGUCUUCAUCCUUACCUGAUCAAGAGUAGAUGGAAGAAGGUGCGAUUUGGCAAGUCAGCGUUCACCAACUUCUUUUGACAGUUUGUGCUACUAACUGAGGAUUCGGAGAAGCUACCAAGUGAUCAUUGAAUCAGCAUGGCAUUGCUUCUGUUUAUUCCAUUAUACCAUGGUCGAGAUGAUUUCUUUUCUUUCCUAGACAUAAUAAUCAUACGAGAACAUCCUGUAGAAUUACCUUGAAUAGUGGUGGAGAAAGGGAUUACUGUUGUAGUGUCUUUUUACGGUCUCUGUAAAUCUUUUGAACCGUACUAGCCCUGAUAACAAGAGAACACGGUGGUGCCGGGGGGCGGCAGCUUUCCCAACCGUACAAAUCUAGCUUUUUAUAGCCUC